AUGAGCAAGGUAGAAAAUGUCUACCUCGUCGGUGUCAUACCUGGUCCAAAGGAACCCUCCCUGACUGAGCCCAAUAAUUAUAUACGUCCUCUAAUCAAUGUUUUCCUAUUCUCCUGGAUGCGUGGCCAUCAUUUUUCCCGCUCUGCUUCAAAUGAAACUUUGGCAAGGAUAGUCCGCAGUGCGAUUGCGAUAGUUGUGAAUGAUUUGCCUGGCGCCUGCUGUCUAGCUCAAAUGGCGAGUCAUAUGUCUCAUCACAUCUGCACUAUAUGCUUGCUAUAUGGGAAAGAGAAACUGGGAGAUAAGAACUACCACUCAUGGCAAAAGCUUAACAAUCAUAUGAUGCGAGCAAGUGCCAUGAAAUGGCGAGAUGCGACAAAUGAAAAUGGAAGGAAGGACAUCUUUGAUAACUAUGGUGUGCGAUGGUCAGAAUUAUGGUGA